AUGGCCUCGAGAAAGAAGGUUCUCCUCAAGAUCAUAAUUCUCGGUGACAGCGGUGUUGGCAAAACCAGCUUGAUGAACCAAUAUGUGAGCAACGGGCCCCAUCUCAACAGUAUCGAGACUGGGCAAGCUACUCUGGACAAGGGCGAGCUUUUUCGUACCGGAGGAGGUGGGACCGGACAUGACAUGAGAAAACGAGAGACUAACUGCUCGGUCGAUCUUCAGGUCAACAAGAAGUUUAGUGCAAGCUACAAGGCGACUAUUGGCGCUGAUUUUCUCACGCGCGAAGUUCCUGUCAAUGACCAGCAAGUGACAAUGCAGCUUUGGGAUACUGCUGGGCAAGAACGGUUCCAGUCUUUGGGCGUGGCUUUCUACCGCGGCGCCGACUGUUGCGUUCUCGUUUUUGACGUGAACAAUGCCAAAAGCUUCGAGGCCAUUGAAGGCUGGCGGGAUGAGUUCUUAGUUCAGGCAUCACCCCGCGACCCCGAUAACUUUCCAUUUGUUGUGCUUGGAAACAAGAUUGAUGUUGAAGAGAGCAAGCGAGUGAUUUCGACUAAGCGUGCAAUGACAUUCUGUCAGGCACACGAUAUCCCGUAUUUUGAGACAAGUGCCAAAGAAGCCAUCAAUGUCGAGCAGGCGUUUGAGGUGAUUGCCAAAAACGCAUUGCAGCAAGAGUCCGAAGAGUUUCCUGGUGAAUACCAGGAUCCGAUCAACAUUCACAUUGAAAACGACCGGGACUCCUGCCCCUGCUAG